AUGACACUGGUAUUGUCUCUUGAUGCUGCUGCUGCUGAUGAUGAUGCUGGGGGCAUGGAUGCAGGCGCCGAAGAUGCCAGUCGCUCCUAUUUUUCAUCAACAGCAGUGUUCGCGCACCGCAUUUGCGCAAAAACAACACUCAUGGACCCUGAAUGGCAUUCCUUCACCGUUCCCCCUCCAAAGGGCACCAAAUGUAAGUCAACGGUGAAAGAACAGUAG